CGCUGUACUUGAGAGUUUGAGCGAGGCUGAUGUGUCUCCAAUCUUGAAUUCUCAAACCCUGGUUCAAAUCUCGCAACACUUCAGCUUGUGAGUUAGGUGAUCCACCACCUCGACCAUGCGCUGUAGAGUGAUCUUGUUGGCUCUGGCUGUGUGGGUGGGGCCGGGCAGCUGCUACCCUAACGGGCAGGGGGUCGACUCGUCCUGCGCGACCCUGGUGCCCGGGCAUGGAGUGACGCCCCAAGCCUCGACGCCCCCCUACUACCUGACCAUCACGCCUACCUCGUACACGCCCGACCAGCCGGUGACAGUAACCCUGGGCGGCAACCCCAACACGUUCAAAGGUUUUAUGAUCCAAGCACGGAGGGCUGACGGGUUGUCUAGUGAACUUCUGGGGUACUUUAGUACAGAUAUGGGCACAAGGCAAGCCUGUAAUGGGCGAGCUCUGGUCCACAGUGACAACAGCAGCAAGGCAAACAAAACAUUCAACUGGAUCCCACCCAAAUAUUCUGUUGGCAACGUCGUGUUCCGCGUGACCAUUGUCCAGAAUGUCAGAACUUUUUGGGCCGAUUCCUCCUCCGUGGUUCUAGUGCCUGCUGGUCAGCCCACCUACCCGGUGACUCAAAGACUGACCUCUAACCCCACCACUGCUACAUGGCGGCCACCCACCACGCCCAGAAAGGUCACCCACCCCUAUGUUUGCGUGGGUGGGGACUGUGACUGCGAGACCCUCGCGUGUGACGUCGGUGUGUCCUGGCACAAGACCGGAUGUUUGCUAGCCGCCAUCUUGGCCAUCCUGAGUGUUGUUUACGUCUGGUGAUGACCUCAGAUAUGCUGCUCGGGGGGGGGGGGGAGGUUUUUUUUUUUACCAUUGUCCGAUAAUAGAAUCUUCUAAAAAAACGGGUGUUAGGUUACUUGCAGUUAACUAAAAUACACACAUGGCUUGCUAAUUUAAAUGCUAACCCUAUCCCUAAUCCCUAACCCUAUUCUUACCAUACGCCUAACCCUUAUUUCUAACAAUAAAACUAUUCAAGAUUACAAAACUACUAACAACCUAACACGCCUAUUUUAGGAAGUCUAUUAUCGGACAUCGGUAUUGUUAAACAUCCGCUUCUCGCGUAUGUAACUUUAUUUACUAAGUGGGUUUUUGUUUUUGGGAUAAUUAAAAUAAAAUAUUUAAGUCAUCUCGCUGUUUUUCCAUAGUUAACGACUCUAGGUUAACAGGGUAAAAUUUAAACACACUAGCGAGGCUACUGGAUUGUUAACAUUUUAAACUAAAGAAAAAACAUUGUAUUUGAUUUUAACGCUUUUAAAUCUGUACAUGUCCAGUUUUGUAG